GUCACAAUGGUUUGGCAGAAGCUUGCCCUGGCUGUGUGCCUGCUGGCUGUUUGGACUGUAGGACACGCGAGAGACUGUGGCGAUGGACAGAUUGAGAUCAGUGGACAGUGCUGUAACACGUGUCCCCCAGGCACCUAUAUGGAGAAGUUCUGCUCCGACAGACUGCAGUCCGUCUGCAGUCCUUGUCCAACGGGGCAUUUCUCCGAUCAACACCACACUUUCGACAGGUGUGAGCCGUGCCGGGUCUGCCAACAAGAAAACUCUGAGAAAUGUACAGCGACCACAGAUGCGACCUGCUCUUGCCGCUCUGGUUUCCUGUGUUCCGACAGCAUCUGUUCCAGUUGUGAGGAAGACAAAUGCGUCACGGGGGAGGAACGGAAAAGGAUAGACGUACCCUCAGGUGCAGGCUUGAUGAAGUACUCGUACCAAUGUGAGCCUUUAUGCUCUGAGCAUGCAUACUUUGACACAAGAGACAACACCUGCAAACCACGGAUAGAGUGCAGCGCUUAUGGACUCGCUGAACGGUUUCCAGGGAACAAAACACACAACUCAGUUUGCGAUAAACCCGAUAUGCGCAGAGACGACGGAUCCACGUCUUCUGUGAUUCUCGGCGUCGGCUUUGUUUCGCUCUCCGUCGUCCUCCUCCUGUUCCUGUCUUAUACCUGCGUGAAGAACCAACGGAAACACACAGAAAAUCGUAGCCCGGUCCGAGCAGCCUCCACGAACCACAGCGAGUUUCACCUGUCCAAGGAGGAGAGUGGACUCCACCUCAUCAGCCAGGCCGAAUCCAAGGACAGCAACAGCUUGGACCAAGUGCACCUGGAGCAAGUCACCUCGUGUUGAUGCCGACUCUGAGAUGUUCAGUCUGAUGAUGUGAAAGUGAUGGUGUCACAUGUAGACGUAGAGACGUGUGCUCAGGUUACAGCUGUGGACUCGCUGAAUAGUCGGAAAGUGGAAGGUUUGACUCCAGUGAGGGAAAGUAAAAGACCAGAGCUGGUCCUGACAUCGCUAUUUAUUUAUUCUAUUUUAUUUUACCAGGUAAGUUAGUCGAGAACUGGCUCUCAUUUUCAGUAACAACCUGGUCAAGUUGUCGCUGUUGAGGCGUCCUUUAGCAAAGCAACUCCGAUCGACUCGAGUAGAGCUUCUGAGCAGAACAAGAGUGGUGAGAAGAAGACUAACGAGGAGCAACUUCAGGGGCCGCUGUCCGCCUGAAAUGUGCCUAUAAAGGUUAUUUUUGAUGUAUUUUUUUGAAAAGCAUUCGUUUUUGUAUUUACAACAAGCCUACCUCUCUUCUUUGUCAUGUGAGGGAUAAUUAGGGGCGGCUGUCGAUGACGUCUUCUGCCUUAACGAAUGUAUUCUAAUCCCAUUUAAUUUGUCUGUGGAGGUUAUAAAACAUAUCGCAUGUGAUCCACCCACUCAGUCAGUCAGUCGGGGCUCAUUAAAGUCCCUUAAUGAAACAAGAAAUUAAAGAAUUAGGGUGGCUUGUUUUGUAUCUGUGAUAAAAUGUAAAUGUAAUUUGAAUAAUUUUAUGUUUUUUCAUGGAUUUGCUAUUGAUCAGAAACUGUCGAUCAGAUGGUUAUUGAUUGACUUAAAUGUAAAAUAUUUAAUUUAUACUUUGCUUAUUUUAACUAUAAUGCGCACACUUUAAUUACAGUCCUAUACAACUGAAUGAUUUUGGUUUUGUGAAUGAUUUUCAUCAUGAUGACGUACAAAAUAAAAUCAUUAUAUGUGAUGUA